UUACGGGCCUGCCAGCAGCAUGAGGAGAGUUGGUACGGGGGCCCAUGGCAGAUUACGGGCCUGGCAGCAGCAUGAGGAGGCGGUACAGGGGCCCAUGGCAGAGUGGCGGAGCGUAAGCAGCUAAAAUUGAAGGCCAUACAGAGGCCUAUGUUAAAAAGUCCCCCAGCAGCAGCAGCGUGGGGAGACGACUAUCAAGAGUCCAAUGGCAGAGUGGCGGAGCAGAAGCAGCUUCAGUUGAAGGCCAUACACAGGCCUAGGUUAAAAAGCGGAAGCGUCAGCAGCGUGAGGCAGACGACAGAGACACAUGGCGCAGCAGACGACAGAGGCACAUGGCGCAGGGUGGCGGUGGAUGCAGCAGUAUUCGGAAGCCAAACACAGGCCUCGGUUAAAAAGCGGAAGCCGUCAGCAGCGUGAGCAGACGACAGAGGCACAUGGCGCAG